AAAGGGGCUGCUUUGGCCACUUAUGUUCUCUCUCUGUCCCGAAGUAGUCGAGAAAAAGGGAAAAGGGGAAAGGAAAGGAAAACUAAAGCCUUUCUUUCUUACUCUACUUCUCUUUCAAGUCUCUUGUGAGUAUCAAACAUUCUUGUUUCUUCUUUUGUUAUCUGGGUUUUCUUCAUUUUAGUCGUUUUAUUUUUGUUUUUACUGUGAUAUUUUCUACUUUUAAGUUUUAAUUCACUUGGUUUCUACUUUCCCGUAUUUUUGGCGUAAAAUUUUGUCCAAUCAUACUAUGUUUUUGUCUCUGAUAGAACCCAGAUCGUAUCCUUGUCUGGUUCAGCUCUAUUAGCUGCUAUAUUUGCUAAACAAGACAAGAAAGAAGCUUUCUGGUGUGUGUGGUUUACGUGGAAGUUUGUUAUCGUUACUGUUUCGGUUUUUGCAUCGGGGUACUUGAAUUUAAAGUAAAAGGAUCUCAAUUCUUAUCCUUCAAUUUUGUAAAGGUAAAAGAGCUCUUCCCUAGUUCCCCAGGCGAUGAUACGUCGAAACAGGAACCUUUUCCGUCUUCUGGGUUUUGCUUAAUUUGUGUUAGCAAUGGGGUUUCUGUAUCUGUAAUUUUAAUUCAUGGUAUUGGGUUUGUUUUCUCUGGAGCUUGAUAUGGAUUUCUGAUUGUGAAAAAGUUGAGUUUCUGUUAUUUUCUGUUAUUUUAAUGGACUAACAUCUGCUUCUGAAAAGAGCAAACCCGGGUGUGUAGUCUUUUUAUAUAAUUUUUGAGUUAUGAUCAAACAAAUACUUGGUAAGCUUCCACGGAAGCCAUCUAAAUCAUCUGAGAGUCGUGAAUUUGGUGGUCCAUCUGCUCCUUCAAAUACUUCUACUAGUUCUAGAAGCAAUGAUCUUGCGAGCAAUAAGUCUGCAACUUUAAACAGUACAUCUCCUCCACCCUCGGAUUCUGCUCCGCAUUUAGGUUAUGGUCAUGGAAGUAAGCUUACGCAGGCUGCAAAUUCAAAACUGAAUGGCAAUUCAGUAAUUGCUCCUUAUGAGGCAUUACCAGCAUUUAGGGAUGUUCCCAGCUCUGAGAAGCAGAAUUUGUUCAUUAGAAAGCUGAACUUGUGUUCUGUGGUGUUUGAUUUCACUGAUCCUACUAAGAAUUUGAAAGAAAAGGACAUAAAGCGGCAGACAUUGGUUGAGCUUGUGGAUUAUGUUACUUCUGCAAAUGGAAAGUUUACAGAAACUGUCAUGCAAGAAGUCAUAAAGAUGGUAUCUGUGAAUUUGUUUAGGUCGCUUACUACUCAACCACGGGAGAAUAAGGUUUUGGAAACCUUUGAUUUGGAAGAGGAGGAACCCUUGAUGGACCCUGCAUGGCCUCACUUACAAAUUGUGUAUGAAUUCUUUCUGAGAUUUGUUGCAUCUUCUGAGACUGAUGCAAAGUUAGCUAAGAGGUACAUUGAUCACUCUUUUGUUCUCAAGUUGUUAGAUCUCUUUGAUUCUGAGGAUCCAAGGGAGAGGGAGUACUUGAAGACAAUUCUACAUCGCAUAUAUGGAAAAUUUAUGGUGCAUCGCCCAUUUAUCAGGAAGGCCAUCAACAAUAUCUUCUUCCGAUUUAUUUUUGAAACAGAGAAACAUAAUGGGAUUGCAGAGCUAUUAGAGGUUUUAGGGAGUAUAAUCAAUGGGUUUGCUUUGCCUCUGAAAGAAGAACAUAAAUUGUUCCUUGUUCGGGCACUAAUCCCUCUUCACAAGCCAAAGUGCUUACCUAUGUACCAUCAGCAAUUAUCUUACUGCAUUACGCAGUUCGUGGAGAAAGACUGCAAGCUUGCAGAUACUGUUAUAAGGGGCUUAUUGAAGUACUGGCCUAUCACUAACAGUUCUAAGGAGGUAAUGUUCCUAAGUGAGCUGGAGGAAGUCUUAGAAGCAACCCAGCCAGCAGAAUUUCAAAGAUGCAUGAUACCCUUGUUCCGUCAAAUAGCUCGUUGCUUGAGCAGUUCACAUUUCCAGGUGGCAGAGAGAGCUUUAUACUUGUGGAACAAUGAUCACAUUGAGAACUUAAUCAGACAGAACCGAAAAGUUAUACUGCCCAUUAUCUUCCCUUCUUUGGAAAAGAAUGGAUGUAACCACUGGAAUCAGGUGGUCCAGAAUUUAACUGCUAAUGUCCGCAAGAUCUUUGCUGAUAUUGACCCUGAGCUAUUUGAAGAGUGCUUAAGGCAGUUUCAAGAAGAUGAAGCGAAGGCAGAGGAUAUCAAGGCGAAGCACGAAGCUACAUGGAAACGGUUAGAGGAGAUUGCUGCAACACAAGCUGCGAGUAGUGAAGCGGUGCUUGUUCCUCAUUCAAUACCUACCCUAACAUCUUCUGGCUAGAGCUAGAGGGAUAUCAAUGUCUUGUAUAAAGUAUUCAAUUCUAUUGUUUGGGCUAGGAGCCAAAAGAUGCUAUUAAGCUUUAAGAGCUAGAAAUAUGUCCAAUUUCUUUGUUUCUGUACUACAAUUUUUUUUUUCUCCGGUUGUCAUUGUCCAGACAGUCGGAAGAACAACCUUUAUGAAGCAAUGAAGUUGACAUAACAUUUGCUCAUGGGGAUCAUAUACAAGGUGAACUCGGAACCGAAGGUGAAAAGCCGCGCUCCCCAUACUUAUGAAGAGGGAGGAGACAUGACCAGUUAGUUUGGCCUUCUUAUAGUUGAUAUUUUUAGUGUCUCAAGAAGCUACAAAAUACAGGUACUUUUAAUCAUUAUGUCUUAAUUUUAAUUGGUUUUGCUGUACUUGCUGAAUUUCUUGACCUCAAUUGUUAUGUAUAUGUAUGAUAUAUAUAAAAAACAUUUUGUUAAAAGUGAAA